AUGAGCGCGAGAUAUCUCAAGAAGUGUUUACUUCUCGCUUCUGCAUUCAUUCUUCUAUUUUUGUUGGCUGACGUUUUGGAGCGUGCUGGAUCUUCGAGUGACUUGUAUAAACUUGAGCAGAAAGCUUUAAAUGUUUAUGAUCGUUGGAGAAAUUGUGUUGUGAAGGGAAUGUCCGAAGAUGCAGAUAGAGUAGGUGUGAGAGAGUGCCAAUGAUUAUUUGUUCAUUUAUUUCAGUUCUGGCACAAUUCGUCUCCACUAUUCCAAUUCUGCAGAGAGGUGUCUGAUGUACUCGAUGUGCUGAAUGUAAUCAAUGUCAGGAGCAAGUACCAUGCUCUCCCAAACUACUCUAGAAGGCAGGAAUAUAACUUUUAUCUGUCGCUAGGACUUGAAGAUGGAGUGGACACUGAGUUGGAAGUGAAAACGGUAAGUACGGUUUUCCUACAAUCGGAAUUCUAUCUUUCUAGAUGUUUCCCUAUUCUAAAUUCUUCGGUCGCCCGACUCAAACUCUUCCGUCUUCCCAUCCGAACUUGGCACCUUCUUGCCAUUCUCAGUCGGCAAUGCGUCAGGUGUCUUCGAAGCACUCGUUCUGUCGGGAGAAACCGCCUCGUUCCACACGAACAUCACACAAAAAGCAAAGAAAAUUGAUGUCGUUCUUCUCGUAAAGAGCUAUGUGAAACAUGACGUAAGUUCCGCCCAAACCUUCUUGUUUCCCCUGUUUUUUUUUCCAGUUUUUCGGAAAUUUGUUCAUUAGUAUUAACGAUGAACACGAUAUAUUCCACUACUUCUACAGGAACGGUAUUUUGGAAAGAACAAGGAUUGUGUUUUGUCAGAUAAAUUGGGUAAUCCAUGACGGAAAUUCGCGUCGUAAGGAACAAUUUUGGAAGUUUGUGCAACAAAUCCUAGACGACCGAAUCUACAUGAUUUUCAUGGAUUCGCUGGCAAAUGAUCACCGAUUAUUCCUGAUUAACUUUGCGAACCGGAAGUGUUUGCGCAAAUAUAUUCACUAA